AUGAUUCACGCCUUCCCACCGGGUCACAGCGUAGCCUCCUUUCAGGCUUGCGCGGCUUGCUUCUGCAAGGAGAACGUCUCUGCGGAUGUAAUUCGUUUGACACACGACGUUGUCUACGGCCAGGCAGCUGGCAGCGAGCUCCUCUUGGAUGUCUAUGCUGCCGACAAGCCCCUGGAAAAUGGCACAUCUCCGGCAAUCAUCAUGAUUCACGGCGGAAACUUCAUGGCUGGUAGCAAGGAUUCAGGCCCUGUCGUGGAUGAAGCCUACUUCUUUGCAAGUUCGGGCUUCGUGGCCUUCAGCAUCGACUACCAGUUGGAGUCCGACAGCUACCUUGCCGAGAACCAAGCCGUGCGGGACGCAGUGCACAAUGCCAAAGCCGCUGUGCGUUUCGUCCGGAAGAAUGCAGAGCGCUUCGGCGUCGACGCUGCCCACAUCGCUGUUUGGGGGGAAUCAGCUGGUGCCAUUGUGGCUGCCAGCAUGAACUCCGUCUCCACCGAGGGUUCCAGCGGCACUCCCGGUGUGUCGUCCCAGGUCGCGGCAGCCCUGGGGCUCUCGGGCACGCUCUGGCCGUUUCUGGUUGGCAUGCCUGGGAAUGACGCCGAGGAAGUCACGCCCUGGUUCAACGUCUUCGGCAGCAAGGAUCCCGUGGUGUUUCCCUUCCUGGCUGUGAUGACUCAUACGUUUCUGCUGGCGCGGGGCUUGUCUGCCGCCGAGAACCGCCUCGUUUGGGUGCCGGAUGGCGGGCACGUCCCAUGGGAUUCAUCAACCCGCUCGUCUCUCCGCCCGGCCAUGCUGCGCUUCCUGGCGCAGUCCUUGGAGCCACUGGGCUUCAGGCGGAUUGGCACCGUCGAUGACUUUAUGGAGAGCACCGACAUCAAUCAGCCCCCCCGGGCGCUCGGGCGCAGCAUUUCCACGACCUCGUCCGAUCACAUGCUUAUGGUCAUGGACAAGGUUCAGCUGCGCAAGGCUUUGGAGCAGCAAGGCUUCCAAGAGCUCGAGAAUUCGCUUGAAUUCCACCAGCUCUGGGACGCCAUCAAUAACAAUGGCAGCCUUGACUUGAAAAGCUUCCAUGCAGUGCUACGGCAUUUGAAGCUCUACCUGCUUUGCGGGGGCAUGCGGUGGACGUCGGCCGCCACCGGAACCGUAGCUCCACAGCUGCCAGAGGAGUCGGGCUUUAUCGGCUUCAUCGACUGGAACCAACGGCGAAUUGAUGAGUUUUACUUUCGAAGGCCGGACAGGCCGAUGGACUUCUUCUUGACCCACCGGAAGGCUCAGAUGAAGAUGCGGUGGGUACACUGCGCGCGGGUUGGACGACCGACCAUCUUGCGCCUGGCAGUGAAAUACCAAUUGCACCCGCUGCCGGUGGAAGACUUAAUCCAGUUGGAGCAGCAAUCCGUUCCUUUGGUCCGCAAGUACAACGAGAAUUUUUUCGUGGUGAUCCCUCUUUUGAGAUUGACCUCCGAAGCCAAGAGGAAGCUUAGCCAGUACCGUGAGCUGCGCUCAAGGCGCAUCUCUGACGUGCAGGCUGAGGCUGAGGAUAUCUUCACUGCUCCGGAGCUGGAGCACUGCCGCUUCGCAUGUUUCGCUGCGGGCCCGCCGCACUAUGACACCGUCAUCAGCUUCAUGACAGAGUGGAAGAAAUGCCAGUUACAUGGAGAAUCUGAGCAUGCCGAGACAGGCCGAGUUCGAAGUUCCAGUGACGACGCUCCAGGACGAACUCAGAUAGAUUUGUCGCCUUUGCCACUUCUGUCGCCCAGCAUGCCGUCGCCUUCCAUGACUUUGGGCGAGGCGGAGAGGCAAGAGACCGGCGACGAGCAGGACUUUUUCGCGGGGGUCGUCCGACAGAUCCAGCGAGAUUACUCCAUGCUCAGAGCCGGCAACGCCUCCUGGAUCCUGUGGCGCCUUGUUGACGUAACCAUCGACGAACUAUCGCCGAUCCUCUCCGCGUACAGAGCUCAGCUCCGGUGGUUUUCCAGUCUCAUCACCACUCAGGAAGCGCGAGUCUCCAAAGACGUGGAGAAGCGACUCCUGCGAAGCAAGGUCGAACUUGACUGGGUCCAGCGCAAGGUGCGUCCCAUCUUGAAGGUCUUGAAGCAUCUGAUCAAGGACAAGGCCAUCGACCCGGACGUUACCAGAUAUCUUGAAGAUGUUGAGGAUCACCUCAACCUUUUCUUGGAAGAGGUCAGCCGCAUUAUCGGAGUGUGCAACUCCUUGCGGGAUGAGGUGAACUCCUACAGGGACCGCCAGCAGCAAAAGGUGCUGUACGUGUUGACCUUGGUGACAACCUUGGUGAUGCCGACACAUCUCCUCACGGGCAUCUUUGGCAUGAACUGGCAGGAUGAGGCAGGUCAGCCCGUUGUUCCCGGGUUCGGCGUGAUGGCCGAGAAGCGAGGCUACUACCUCUUCUGGGGAACUUCGAUCACACUUACUUUUGUGAUUUGGACCACCUUCCGACGGAUCCUUAAGUGGAUCUGA